CGCCGCGUCUGGGGGAGUUGAUGGCAGCACCACAGUGCGGCCGCCCGGCGGAGCACCGAGCGCAGCCACCCGCCGCUGCCCAGGGAGCGUCCAGGAUGUGGAGGGAUCCGGGCGGCAGCGGCCGCAGCAGCGCCGGGGACCAGGGCGCGCAGCAGCCUCCGCUCGCCCGCCUGUGCUGACCUGCCUCGUUUGGCCCCAAAGAAUGUCAGCCAAGUCCAAGGGGACCCUGUCCUCGUCCUCUCCUGCCGAGGGACCGGCGGCAGCCUCCAAAACCAAGGUGAAGGAACAGAUCAAGAUAAUCGUAGAGGAUCUGGAAUUAGUCCUGGGCGACCUGAAGGACGUGGCCAAGGAACUUAAGGAGGUGGUUGACCAGAUUGAUACCCUGACCUCUGACCUACAGCUGGAGGAUGAGAUGACCGACAGCUCCAAAACGGACACUCUGAAUAGUAGCUCAAGCGGCACAACAGCCUCUAGCAUAGAGAAGAUCAAAGUGCAGGCCAACGCACCUCUCAUUAAGCCCCCAGCACACCCAUCUGCUAUCCUCACGGUCCUGAGAAAGCCAAACCCUCCACCACCGCCUCCACGGUUGACACCUGUGAAGUGUGAAGACCCUCAAAGGGUGGCGCCCACUGUCAAUCCUGUAAAGACCAAUGGCACCCUUUUACGAAAUGGAGGCUUACCACGCGCACCGAACAAAAUUCCAAAUGGAGACAUCUGCUGCAUACCCAGUAGUAACGCGGACAAGGCUCCGGGGCAGCCUCUGAUGCACAGACCUGACAAAGACAGGUGUCCCCAGACAGGGCCUCGGGAACGUGUUCGGUUUAAUGAAAAAGUGCAGUACCAUGGCUAUUGUCCUGACUGUGACACCAGGUAUAACAUAAAAAACCGUGAGAUCCAUUUACACAGCGAACCCGUCCACCCGCCGGGAAAGCUUCCGUACCGAGGCUCUCCCCUCCCUCCUCCAUCCCACCUCCCUCCGUUUCCACUCGAAAAUGGAGAACUGGGAAUAAGCCACAGUAACAGCUUCCCCCCGCUCAGACCUGCAACUGUGCCUCCUCCCACUGCACCAAAACCACAGAAGACGAUCUUGAGGAAAUCAACCACUACAACAGUGUGAUGUAUGCCAUUUAAAAACACUUUUUUGUUUUAUUUUGAUUUUUAUAUUAUAAACAUAAAAUAAUAAGUAAUGAGCACUUUCUACUCAAGCAAUAAAAAGCCCAAAUAUAUUAACCCUGCAUUCAGCAAAGUGGCAUAAAAAUCACCUGGUAAGUAUAUCGUACAUUGUUUAUAUCCUGGAUAUAGAUUAUUUAAAAAGUUGUAUCAUCGAAAAACUGAAUGAUGAAAAGGCUGAAUAUAUAUUUUUUUUCAGUUGACUAUGACAAACAGUGACCUGAAGAUUUCAAAUAGUUCGUUUUACUAUAAGAAGAUGGGGUUUGAUUCAUUUUUUUCCUGCCUAACCUCUCUCUGUAUUAAUAACGUCUUAUGUUUAACUUUGAACUAAUACUUUUUAAUAAGAAAUUUUAUUCUGAAAGACUAUUUUAUUAUUUUUUCUAAAGAUGUUUGCUACUAGUUUUGCAUUAUUGAAUGCUGAGGACAAUACCAAAAAGUUUAUUUUCUAUACCAUGCAAACAUGAUUAUAUGUUCAACUAUAUUGGUCAUGAAAGAUUUUGGUUGGUGGAAAUAUACGUCAAUAAACAAUAGUAGAUAAUGGCAAAAC